AAUCACUAAUCAGUAGUAUUACACAACAAGUAAUAACUGGUGUUUUCUUUUCACUUUGCACCAUUUCUAUUUUCUGUAAUGAAGAUUCAUCUGUUGAGUAGCAAAGGCAAAGCAUGCAGUUACGAUAAGACGAAGAAGCAUGUACAUUAUUAGGAAGAACAAGAAAUGGAUGUGUUGAAAGCAGUGUUAGCAUCAUGCAAAACCAUUCACCAAGCCCUUCAAAUCCACGCCCACGUGGUGGUCUCAGGCCGCCACGACGACCCAUUCCUCAUAACCACCCUCAUCUCCCUCCUCGCCACCGCCUCCUCCGCCGGCCUCCGCCACUCCCACCGUCUCUUCUCCCAAGUCCCCAACCCCGACCUCUUCCUCUUCAACGCUAUGAUCAGAGCCUUCUCUCUCUCCCACACUCCCCACUGCGCUCUCUCUCUCUACAAAUCAAUGCUCUCCGCUUCCCCACCCAUCUCCCCCAACGCCUUCACCUUCCCCUUUCUCCUCAAGUCCUGCGCCACCUCGUCCACCCCCAAACACGCCCUUCAGCUCCAAACGCACGUUUUGAAAAGUGGGUUUGCCUCGGAUGUCUUCGUUGUCAACGCUCUCCUGCAUUUGCACUUCGUUUUUCGGGAUGCCCUUAGUGCGGCCAAGGUGUUCGACGAAAGUCCCGUUAGAGACUGCGUUUCUUAUAACACGAUGAUUCGUGGGUUUGCACGUGUGGGUCGUGCGGGUUGUUCAAUGAGGGUUUUUGGGGAGAUGAGAGGGCUUUGUGUUGAGCCUGACGAGUAUACCCUUGUGGCCUUGUUGUCUGCGUGUUCCUUGCUUCAGGAUCAUGGGACUGGGAGAGUGGUGCAUGGGUUGUUGUAUCGGAAAUUGGGUUGCUUUGGUGGCAAUGGGUUGUUGGUGAAUGCGCUUGUUGAUAUGUACGCGAAAUGUGGGUGCUUGGAGGUGGCUGAGAGGGUUGUGAGUGGGAAUGGGAAGAGUGGCAUUGCGGCUUGGACUUCUUUGGUGAGUGCAUAUGCUUUGCGUGGGGAUGUUGAGGUUGCUAGGAGGUUGUUUGAUCAAAUGGGUGAGAGAGAUGUGGUUUCUUUGACGGCUAUGAUUAGUGGAUAUUGUCAUGCUGGGUGUUUUCAGGAAGCAUUGGAACUGUUUGAGCAGUUGGAGGGUUUGGGGAUGGAACCGGACGAGGUAGCUGUGGUUGCGGCUCUUUCGGCGUGUGCGGGGCUGGGUGCCCUUGAGUUGGGAAGAAGGAUUCACCAUAAGUAUGGUGGUGAGAGUUGGCAGUGUGGUCAUCAUAGGGGAUUCACUUGUGCUGUUGUGGACAUGUAUGCCAAAUGUGGAAACAUUGACACUGCUUUGGAUGUGUUCUAUAAAACAAGUGAUGAUAUGAAAACUACUUUUCUCUAUAACUCCAUCAUGUCUGGCCUUGCUCAUCAUGGCCGUGGUGAGCAUGCUAUGGCUUUGUUUGAAGAAAUGAGGUUGCUAGGAUUAGUGCCGGAUGGGGUCACAUUCGUAUCACUUUUAUGUGCUUGUGGGCACAGUGGUUUGGUUGAUGAUGGCAAGAGGCUGUUUGAGUCCAUGUUGAGUGUUUACGAUGUGAGUCCUCAAAUGGAGCAUUAUGGCUGCAUUGUUGAUCUUCUUGGUAGGGCUGGACGUUUGAAUGAAGCAUAUUGUUUGAUUCAGAAUAUGCCGUUCAAGGCCAAUGCUGUGAUAUGGAGAGCACUGUUGAGUGCUUGCAAAGUACAUGGAGAUGUGGAAUUGGCUAGACUUGCCAGCCAACAGCUUCUUGAGAUGGAGCAUGAUCAUGGGGCUCGUUGUGUGAUGCUAUCUAAUAUGCUAACUCUCAUGGAUAAGCAUGAUGAAGCUGAAUGUGUGAGAAGGGCAAUUGAUGAUGUUGGCAUACAGAAGCCACCUGGUUGGAGUUAUGUGGAAAUGAAUGGAGCUCUUCACAAAUUUCUGGCAGGUGACAAGUCUCGCCCGGAGGCCAAAGCUAUUGAGCUGAUGCUCAAGGACAUUUAUAUGGGACUCAAAUCUAUUGGGCAUGUUAUCAGUGCAUCAAAAAUCGUGUUUGAUGUAGAUUGAGAAUGUGUUUAGCUAAAGAGUUCAAUUAAUUCUUUAUUCAUUAAA